UCAUUCCUCUUUACUCUCUUUCAAAGAUAAAAAUCCACAUGGCUUUGAAAUCUUCAAACUUGUUCCGGAGCCAUCCUUUUGACGGGGUUUUGUUGAAGUGGAGAGAAAAGCAGAGUAAUGGCUAAGCCCCUGAAGCAUCAAGGGGUGGAUGACGAGUUGCAAAAGAUUUUGGAUGCUAACAUGGAUGAAGCACCUGCUAAAAGGAGAGCCAGGGAAGCCUUUAAGCAUAUUCAACUUGGAAUUGAUCAUAUUUUGUUCAAGACACCUCCAAAUGGACUGAAGAUAAAGGAGUCAUAUGAGGUGAAUUCCAGGGGAUUGGAAAUUUUCACAAAACGUUGGCUUCCAGAGAAGUCCCACCCCAAGGCAAUGGUGUUCUUUUGUCAUGGUUAUGGAGACACUUGCACAUUUUUCACUGAAGGAAUUGCCAGGAAAUUGGCAUCAUGUGGAUAUGGAGUUUAUGCAAUGGAUUACCCUGGAUUUGGCCUGUCUGAAGGUCUUCAUUGCUAUAUUCACAGCUUUGAUAGUCUUGUGGAUGAUGUCAUUGAGCAAUACAGCAAAAUUAAAGAAGAUCCUAAUUUUUGGACUCUUCCAUCCUUCCUCUUUGGGGAGUCCAUGGGUGGAGCCGUAGCUCUGAAGAUGCACCUAAAGCAACCUAAUGCCUGGAGUGGUGCCAUUCUUGUUGCUCCUAUGUGCAAAAUAGCUGACGACUUGGUUCCAUCCUGGAUACUGAAGCAAAUUCUGAUCGGUGUGGCUAAUAUUCUUCCGAAACAGAAGUUAGUCCCGCAGAAGGAUUUGGCGGAGGCGGCAUUUAGAGACGUUAAGAAGAGAAAACUGUCACCCUAUAAUGUUAUUGCUUACAAGGACAAACCACGCUUGCGGACUGCUCUGGAGUUGUUGAGAAUCACUGCUGAGAUAGAACAAAAUUUGGAGAAGGUUUCAAUUCCAAUACUGAUCUUGCAUGGAGAGAACGACAUCGUUACGGACCCAUCUGUUAGCAGAGCGUUGUACGAGAAAGCAAGCAGCUCUGACAAGAACAUUAUUAUAUACGAGAAUGCUGGCCAUUCUCUUCAUGAAGGUGAACCAGAUGAUAUGAUUCUUAGAGUGUCUAGUGACAUAGUUUCUUGGCUUGAUAAACAUACCAGUUAUACUGCAUGCUAACCUCUAUUUCAUAUAUAUAUAUAUAUAUACACACAAAAGAGGGUUCAAUAAAUGGACUAAGAUACAAUGCUUACCAUUAAACUGGAAUAAGGGUGCCAUGGAUUUGUUUAAAUUCAAGAUUUCAGAUUGAUAUUUGGACAUU